AACACAUUCACAUCUUCACCAUCCAUUUAAAUCUCUCUCCACCGUCCGAUCCUAGAUUCUCCUCUUCGUUUUUCCCAAAAAAGUUAGCAAAACAUUUCAAAUCUCACUCUUUACUCUUCAACUUUCCCUCCUAAACGCUCCUUCAAAUCUCACUCUCUCUAAAACCAUAAACACUUCACUUUCACUUAAAAGAAGCCGUUUCCUUUCAACAUGCCGUUCAUUUCCGAUACAGCAAGCGCUAUCAAGAGCCGUUUCGGCUUCCACGACCGAUCCUCUUCCUCCGACUCGGUCUCCUUGUCUGCUCGUAGUCCACCCGAUCUUCUUGUGAAAUCAGCCGUCAGGGAGAAUGCCGGCCAUUCCACUGCCGCUACGUCUGCAAUUCGGAGCAUCGGUGACUGGGACAAUGAUUCAACUGAGAAUAAUGAAUCAGCGCCGCAGUCGUCGCAGAGCUUUGAGUUCCGUGAAGAUCCGUCGUUUUGGAAGGACCACAAUGUGCAGGUUAUAAUCAGAAUUCGUCCCCUUAGUAGUUCUGAAAUCUCACUACAAGGCUACAGCAAGUGUGUUAGGCAAGAGAGUUGUCAGACAAUUACUUGGACGGGGCAUCCCGAAUCUCGUUUUACAUUUGAUCUUGUUGCUGAUGAACAUGUUAGCCAGGAGAAUCUCUUCAAAGUAGCUGGAUUGCCCAUGGUGGACAAUUGCAUGGGAGGCUACAAUAGCUGCAUGUUUGCAUAUGGCCAAACUGGAAGUGGGAAGACUCACACGAUGCUUGGAGACAUUGAGGGCGGCACACGGAGACACAGUGUCAACUGCGGGAUGACGCCUAGGGUGUUUGAAUAUUUAUUUACAAGAAUACAAAAGGAAAAAGACACUCGUAAAGAGGAGAAAUUAAGAUUUACUUGUAAAUGCUCUUUUUUGGAAAUCUAUAAUGAGCAAAUUCUUGAUCUUUUAGAUCCAUCAUCAACCAAUUUACAGAUAAGAGAAGAUAUCAAAAAAGGGGUUUAUGUUGAGAAUCUUAAGGAGAUAGAAGUUACUAGUGCACGGGAUGUGAUUCAACAGCUCAUUCAAGGUGCAGCGAGCAGAAAGGUGGCAGCCACUAACAUGAAUCGAGCAAGCAGUCGUUCUCACAGUGUAUUUACAUGCAUAAUUGAAAGUAAGUGGGAUUCUCAAGGUGUAACUCACCACCGUUUUGCUCGGCUUAAUCUUGUUGAUUUAGCAGGCUCAGAAAGACAGAAGAGUUCUGGGGCAGAAGGUGAACGCCUCAAGGAGGCUACUAAUAUUAACAAGUCUCUUUCAACAUUGGGACUUGUGAUAAUGAACCUUGUAAAUAUUUCCAAUGGGAAGUCUCUCCAUGUUCCUUAUCGAGACUCAAAACUCACUUUUUUGCUUCAGGAUUCUCUAGGAGGGAAUUCAAAAACAACCAUAAUUGCAAAUAUUAGUCCAUCUAAUUGUUGUUCGCUCGAGACACUAAGCACGUUGAAGUUUGCACAGCGGGCUAAAUUUAUUAAGAACAAUGCCGUGGUAAAUGAAGAUGCAUCUGGAGAUGUUGUUGCUAUGAGGCUGCAAAUUCAACAGCUGAAGAAAGAAGUAUCUCGUCUACAAGGUUUCGUUGAUGGAAGAAGUGAAAAUCUGGAGAAUGAUAUGUUGGCAUUAAGUUUUCCAGCAUCACCAGGACCUUUUAAGUGGGAAGGUCUUCACGGAUCAUUCAGUCCACUUACAGCUGAUAAAAGAAUGUCUCAGAAGAAAGAUUAUGAAGUUGCUCUUGUUGGGGCCUUCAAGAGGGAAAGGGAGAAAGAAGCUGCUUUACAGGCACUGACUGCUGAAACUCAGGCAGCUAUGCAGUUGGCAAAACAAAGAGAAGAUGAGAUCCAAAGCUUGAAAAUGAGGUUACGUUUCCGAGAAUCAGGAAUUAAGAGGCUGGAGGCUGUUGCUUCUGGAAAGAUUUCUGCCGAGACACACUUAUUGAAAGAGAAGGAAGAAUAUUUGAAGGAAAUUGAGGUUUUACGAGCUCAAGUUGAUCGCAACCAAGAAGUCACUAGAUUUGCAAUGGAGAAUUUGCGACUGAAGGAAGAGAUUAGAAGAUUAAAGUCCCUUUGUGAUGAAGGUCAGCAGGAGAUGAUGAAUGAACAGAUUAAGGUGUUACACAAUAAGUUGCUAGAGGCACUAGAUUGGAAACUUAUGCAUGAAUCAGAUUCCUUAGCAAUUGAGAAAAAUUCUAAAGUGGUGUCAGGACUUACUGAUGAUGGCAAUCAACUGAUCUCUAGACAGGAGCAAGAUUCCACUUGGUGCUCCUCGCUUAAGGAGGAAAAUGAAUUCCUUAGAAUGCAGGCCAUCCACAACAAGGCUGAAAUGGAUGCACUGCAGAAAAAACUUGAAUUUUGCCUUGAAGAGAAGGAAGAGUUGGAAAGGUAUGUUAGUGAUCUACUUAAGAAACUUGAAGAAGAAAGAUCUUCAAGACCAGAGAAAGAAGACAUACAGCAAACAGAGCUUAGUUCAUUGUCAGUGGAUGUGCCAAUGGUCAAACUUAAUGACCAAAUGGAGCUUAAAACAAUGGUUGAUACCAUAGCAGCUGCAAGUCAGAGAGAAGCAGAAGCUCUUGAGAAGGCAUUUAAGUUGUCUCAAGAGAAUGAUGAACUGCGAUUAAAGCUUAAGGGCUGUGUUGAGGAUAACAAACAACUCCUUGAAUUAUAUGAACAGAAAGUUGCUGAAACAAAUUAUAAAAGUUUGAACGAAGGUGACACUACUCAUGAAAAUGACAUUACUGAUCACACCGAUGCUGGUUUAGAUGAACAUGGUGAAGAAACACAGGUCCAGUUGAAAAAGGUUGUUGAUAACCUUGAGCAACAGCUUACAGAAAUGCAUGAAGAAAAUGAAAAAUUGAUGGGUUUGUAUGAAAGAGCCAUGCAGGAGAGAGAUGAAUUCAAAAGAAUGUUUUCUUCUGGAGCUCUGAUCAGAGGGGAGGCUAGAGAAUUUGAAUGCCCAGAGAAGCUAGUUGAAGUUGAUGGAGGAGAAGACAGCUUGGAUAAACCUCAAGUCCAGUUUGAGGCUAAGGAUUUAGAGGGGGAAACUGGCCUCCUUGGAUCAAAUAUGCAGGAUGCAGGAGAAAGUCUAAAGUUGAAUAGGCUUGGUGCUAUUGAAGUGAUUUCCGAUUUGGAGGUGCAUGCAGAUCUUCAAUCAGAAGCAGGGAAUCAGAUUGAUGAUACUACCACUUCUUACAUGAAAAUAGACCAACUAGAUACCACUACUGCAAAGCUGUCAGAAUAUUUAAAUUCCACUACUGCAAAGCUGUCAGAAUAUUUAAAUUCUGCCAGAGCAAUACUGGAACGGGCACAGGAAAAACUUUCAGAUUCUGCCAAGACAAUUACUGAAUUUGGUUCCCUUGAGAGAGCGUUCUGUGAGAUUGAUCAGCUUUCCAGAGAAAUAGAAGUAAUGGAAGGUCGGAUAAAGGAGAAGCAGCAACACCUUGAAUCUGUUGCACUCCUUUCUUCCGAAACAAAAGAAAAAAAAGCUCUAACCGAUAAUAAGUUAUCAGCACUCAAACACUCUGUGUCAAGCUUUUCUUCUUCAGUUGCUUACAUUGAACAGCGAGAAGAUCGGGCGAGAACAAGGUUAAAUGCUUCUUUGUCCUACUUGGACAAAAAGAAAGAGGAAUUGGCCCAUCUUAAGAAAUCCAAGGGUGAAAUUGAGGCUUCCUUGGGUAAGAUGCGGGAAUCUGAAGCUGAAGCAAGGAGCAAUAUUGUCCUCCUGAAAUCAAAACUCGAGGAAGAAAGUAGAAGACACGAGAAUGACAAGGUUUUAUUUGCCAUUGAUAACUUGGACAAAGUAGACUCCUCGCAGAGAACUUUGUGUUUGGGUGGUAAAGCUACCGAGUUACUAAAGACAGAGGUAGAGAAAAGCAAGCUGCAAAAUGAGAUUAAGUUGUCACGAGAAAGUUUGGCAACCAUAAAAAUGAGACUCCAGGAUUUGAAUAAGAAGCUUGUGAAGGUAGAGAAUGACAUGGAGGCUGUCAUACUGGAAGUACAGAAAGGAUCAAAGUCCGUGGAGGAGUUGGAGCUUGCGCUGGAAGGUGUAAUCCAAGAAAAGGAAACCCUUGUCGAGAUUGGAGAGAAUGGGAAGACUGAAAUUGGUAAUUUGAUCCUUGAAUACCAGCAGCACAUGUUUAACAUUGAUCUGACAGACGCAGAGAUGAAGGUGAUGGAUGCAGAAUUGCAGCUUGACCUAGGGAGACUGGAACAGUUGCAAACACUGAGAGCGACAACUGCCAAGAAGGUGAAGGAAUUGGCUUAUUCAGGUUUCUUGUCGGAAAAGUUGGAAGCAGAUAUACAAAGUGUUCGUGCAACUUUUGAGGAGGCAAAGACAUUGUUAGGAUUGGAUCAUUAAAAUGACAGGUAAUCCUUGUUUUUAACGGCCUUGAUGUUUUCCACAUUAAUGCAUAAUUCAAUCCUGUCAAAUAUGCAUGCACUGCUCAAUUAACAAUUCCUUCUUAUUAAUGUUCCAAGUUUGUGCUAUCCGUUACUCAAUUGUUUCACUUUCAUAAUAGU